AUGGGUGACAAAGUUUUCCUUAAAGUAGCACCCAUGAAGGGUGUAUUGAAAUUUGGCAAGAAGGGAAAGUUGAGACUACGAUUUAUUGGAUCUUUUAAGAUCCUUGAAAGGAUUGGUGUUGUGGCUUAUCGACUUAUCUUACCACCUGAACUUGCAGCAGUGUAUAACAUGUUUCAUAUAUCGAUGCUCAAAAAAUAUGUUUAUGAUCUCAAUCAUGUAAUAAGUUAUCAGACAUUGGACGUACAGAAGGACUUAUCAUAUAAAGAAACCUCGGCGAUGAUUUUCGACAGAAAGCUACAUCAACUUAGAAACAAAGAGGUUUCCUUGGUCAAGGUCCAGUGGCAAAAUUAUGGACUUGAUGAGUCAACUUGGAAGAAAGAAGAGGAGCUUAAAACGAAGUAUCCAGAGCUCUUCGAUUGA